AUGUCGAGAUCCAGACCUUUUAGUAUCACCUCACUGAUCUCCAAAAUAGGAACCUGGUGUUUGCCACUCUUCCAGUUGGUGCUCUCGGACCCACCGUGUGAAGACAAUGAAAUGUGCAUAAACUAUAAACAUCAGUACCCGAAUGACUGGUAUGUCUGGUUCUUCCUGCUGAUCUUCCUGGUGGCCCUGCUCUGCGGGGCAGUGCUCUUCUGCCUUCAGGGCUGGCUGCGGAGAAGCAGAAUCGGUUCCUCAAGAGGCACCGUGGCUGUUUUUGCUGUCGGAGACUUGGACUCUGUUUAUGAGCUGGGUCCCCUCAGCCCUGACAUAGCAGCAAGCAGGUCCCCUGCCUUCCUAAGAAGACCUUGAGGGACAGAAGCAGCUGUGAAUCCAACUGUUGGAAUUCACCUUCCAGCUCAGAACGCCGGCCUGCACCCUGUUCCAUGUCUCAGCGCUUUAGGACCCCCUCCUCCAUAUGAAGAAACUCUGAAAUCAAGCCAACUUUAG